AUGGUCAUCCAGCGCUGGGCAGCACGGGGGGGGCAGUCCCACCCCAGUCGUGCGCGUGACUCAGUCGCUCCUUGGCUCUUGCCCACACUGUCGGUUUUAGCUGCUUCUCAAGGCAACUUCUCGGUUCUUACCAAGAACUCGUACGACAGACGAGAGCGAGCACGUUUUAAGCAACACCUUCUCUCCCGGGAUCCCCUGGUCAAUUGCCUGGGGACUCCCAUCGUCUACUCGCCGGUCAAAGCGGACCUGACUGGAAAUAUCAAGAAAAUCCGGGCAGUUUACGACUCCAACCCCACCAAGUUCAAAACGCUGCAGAACAUCCUGGAGGUGGAGAAGGAGAUGCACGGCUCAGCCUGGCCCAAGACGGGCGCGACGCUGGCGCUGAUGUGGUUGAAAAGGGGCUUGAAGUUCAUUCUGGUGUUGCUGCAGAGCCUCUCUGAUGGUGAGCGGGACGAGGAGCAUCCGAACCUCAUCCGAGUGAACGCCAUGAAGGCUUACGAGAUCGCACUGAAGAAAUACCACGGGUGGAUGCUGCAGAAACUCUUCAUGGUGAGCGUUCACGUCUCCACGGGUCCUCCGCAGCCUGGCUAUUUGCUGAAGGCGUUAGAGAAGGGUAAAGUAGUCAAAGAGGAGGAAAGCAUAGAGAAGAUUCGUCAGUUCCUCUCCAGGGUCACCCCCAUCCUGGAUGCAAUUUAUGAGAUGUACAUAAAGAUGAACGCCGAGCUGAGCUACAAAGCCUAAGGCUCACACGGGACAGGCAGGGCUUAAGUAAGGUGUGAGAGGUGCUACUUUUAUCUUAAUCACUGUUGCAUCUGGGGCAGCUCCCAGCUGUCAGGCGACUGAUUCUCGUCUAGAUCUGCAGUGGAUAACCUCUUUUCUUAAAAAAAAAAAAAAAUAAAUUAAUUUUCUAUGGAGACUACAGCAAUAAAACAAUUACACCCCGUGCCACCGUAGGAUGGCCCAAGCUUUUAUACUAAAGAGGGAAAACCAAGUGUUUCUAACCCUAACCGCUGGGUUUGUCUCUACCGUGGCACGGGGAAUGAAGUGUGGC